GUGGAGAUAUAUUGUGCUUUUUAGUUUAAAGAAAAUGAAUUUAGUGGGUUACUUUCUUUGCCUUUUCCUAUUAACUCUUUUCCUGAAUUCGGUUAACCCCUUUGUGGCCUUUACAGCUUCUAGUACCCAUGGAAUCUUUGCCGCCAUUGCCGUUCCCCUUGAGUUGCCCCACCGAAAUGUGUUUGUUUCGUACAAUUUUGAGGCCAACUACAACUUGCCCACAAACUGGGAGAAAUGGACAAUAUUUCAAAAUGGGCCCAUUGAGUCGGAGGAAGUGGUAGCAGAUGACACAGAGACGGAUGCGGAGGCAGAUUCAGCUCGUAAAUUGUCAGCCGACUGCCAGAAUUGCACUUCCGAAGAGAUCGAGGCUGGGGAGGAGUACCAAGAGGAAGUGGAGACUACAGAAGUGCCCAUUAAAGAGCGUAAAGUUCGAUCUUUGCUUACACGCACUAAUAUCUAUCGCAUAUUUAUAGAUAAGCUAAAGAGGAGUGGUUUCCAAGGGGAGUCUUGCCUACUGCGCCUAAUUUGUGAGUCCAAUGCGGCCCAACUAGAUGAGUUCAAUGGCGUUUUGGGCAGCUUAAUACAUGUUCUAUUUAGUCCCAGCACAUCUGAGUCUGAGGAUCUUCCCUUGCGUUAUUACCAAGCCGAACUUGAUGGCCAUAACGACCACUGUCACUACUACGAGCCAGGUUGUGGUGAGAGUCUGUUGGAGCUUAUAUCGGAGCCAUUUGAAGAGAUCUUCAAGCACAUAGAACGCAAUAAAAUAUAG